AUGACCGCCGUUGCGAUAUUCUGGAGUCGUGUUGACUUGCAAACAUUGCGAUUUUUCCCUUGGGCUUCUUUGCAAAGAGGAGAACAUAAUGGGAAGGAGAUGCUCGCUUUGGACUACACUUCAAUGGUUCUUCCAAAAGUUUUGAUCACGGCAUUUAAGAGCCAACACUAUUUUGUUUUCUUGGUUACCUUGGUAUCAGUCAUUCUAAAGGUGCAAAUCGUCCUCUCAUCCGGCUUAUUCUAUAUCGAGACCAUACCCAUCGAGAAAAUGGUUGAUGUUCAAGUCCUUGACUCCUUCCAUACAGCGGCAGACGGCCAGUCAAAAGUCAGCACUCCAAAGACCACUUCAUAUUACAACGCGCAAGCCGUUCGCGAUUUCGGAUUUAGUUAUCCAUUUGGAGUUACUAAGGAGGCCGCAUAUCAAACGUUUCAACAUGGAAACAACAUCUCAUCAAGUCGUGGCACCAAGGAAUCUCCUUUAACAGCUGUCGUAGAUGGAUUCUUCACAGAGGUGGAUUGUCUCCUCCUCCAAAACUACACAGUCGCGGGUAUCACAGCACCUGGCGGCUCCAUGGGCAACGAAACUUAUCCAAGUCCUAUCUUCGAUCUGAAAUUUGAAGAUUGCGAACGAACAAUACGCAUAGAGCCGUCAUUUUUCGGGGCCCACAAUGGUCCCUCGUGGGUUAUGGGAACACCGCCUGGGGAUCCGCGUCCAUGUGCUUCCCUGCCACAACAACAUGACCAGUUUCUACAUUUCACGGCAAUUUUAAGGACACCAAUAAUAGCCGCUGCCGCUGCUGUCCUAUGUGCGCCGCGCAGUUGGGUUUCCAAAGUCCAAAUAACUGAUGAUGGCAUCAGUCCGAACCUAACCGUCCUGGAAAACCAGACGGCGGAACUCGCUGGGGUAAAUAUCUGGAACCUGUUGGAAAAAUCAAUUUCAAGAGAAGGGUCAUGGCUCAAUUCUACAUCCGGUGUCAUGGGUCCCCUUGAGGCAGACUACUACUUCAAUGGCAAUGGUUUUUCAGACUGGAACGCCACUGAUUCAUCGUAUUAUGAGAACAAGAACCUACUCCAAGCCGUAACAAAUCUCACAGAGGCCCUGGGUCCCCUUUUGGCUCAUUAUCAUAUUCGGGAAUCCAACAAGACUCAAAUGUCGGGACAAACACUUGAAAGAACUCCGCGGCUUUUAGUCAAUCAAGGUGUUUGUAUUGCCAUGGCAGUGCUCUUCGGGAUUGCUAUGGCAAUCUCUGGAUGGGUGGUCUAUACCACUAAACAAAUUUACGGAGGUUGGAGAAGAGAUCCUACAACAAUAUUGGGAUCAAUCAUUUUCUUCUCGAAAGUCUCCAAGACCGCACAGGCCUUCUCAGCCAAUGGAGGCUUCAUACACGACGAACAAGAUUGUCGAAAAAUGUGGUCUCAGUCCCAACACUCCCCACUAGCCCUUCGGACCUGGCUUCGGACCUUGUUCACAAUUUACACGUUAGGUCUUAUCAUCAGCCUCGCCGUAACACUUCAGAUAUCACAACGACCAGCCACUUCUGGUGGGCCAAGUGGGUUGGUGACGGUGAACGAGGGCGCCCUUACAAUUUGGUGGACAUCGCUACCCGCGUUAGCGAUGCUCCUCGUGACGUUAUACACUACUUCGUCGGACUUAGCAAUGCGAGAUCUAGCUAUGCUUUCUAGGCUCGCCACUAGGUCGUGUUCAGCAAAUGAUAUUGAUAUCUCCUUGUUGGACAUGCUUGGAUUGCGAGCCCUGUAUCAUUCCUUGCGACUUCGGAUCUUUUCUGUUACUCUUUCUCAAAUACUCGCCAUCGUUUGCGGGACGUUGACAGCUCUCUCAUCCAUGCUCUUCCACUCUGAGAUUGUUCCAGAAAUCACGAGCACCUCGUUAAAACAGCAAAGCUGGUUGGGCCAUCGACCGAGUGAUAGCUCCAUCGCCACACCAAGUAGCACCGAGCUAAGCAGCCUGCUCGUCAUGCAUCACAAUUCAAGUUUUACAUGGCCCCAGGGGACAUAUGCUGAUCUCGUCUUUCCAAAGCUUGGUUUUCCUGACGGAGGAGACACUUCAUUGGAAUUUCGAGCGUCAGUCCAGUCUGAAGCCCCGGCCGCGAGGUUAAAACCGAGCUGUAUUCGACACACCAAGACAGAGUAUUACACAAGAACCAGAGUUUGGAAGACUGUGGGCUCCAAGAAGUACUAUGCCUGGGAGAUGUUUCGAAAUAUCACCUGCCCGGGCGGCACCAUUGGUAGCACCAUGCUUACUGGUGUACUCCUAGAUGCUAAGGAUCCAGGUCUUGAUUACGAGUAUUUUGCGAGCACCAGCACGUCAUUUUAUACUGCUUGUGAUGUAAAUACUGAGAUUUACAAAGAUUCUUAUUCUACUUCAUAUAUAUGGGGUAACUUCUCUGCGCUGACCGCAACAGCCAACUAUGUGGCUUACUGGACUUGCAACUAUACUUGGUCCGAGGUUCCCACAAACUUGAACCUUGAGUGGCAGAAUGGGGCGCUUCGUAUUGACCCGAGCAAACCGCCUGUUCCGGAUAACUCAAGGAUUCGACAAUUGUACACCCCGUUUCCCAUGCAGAGCUUUAAUGAUCCUGCUCCCGAUGCAAAAUUGGACGACAAAAGGGCAGCUCGGGUAGGGCCUAACUACAAUUAUAUAUUCAAGCCCUUAGGUCCAUUGGAUCUGGACUCUCUUGGUGAUCCAGAUCAAGAACAGGCUGUGAUGGCAGAGAUGAAUGAAUUCCGCGGGAUUAUGGAGGCCCAGAAAGCGAACAUCAAGAACCGUCUUGGGCUUGAAGAGGCUUCUGCAUCAGAGCCAUUCCAGCCAGGGACUCUGCCUUCUAUCGACGGCAUUAUUACAGACGACAAGAAGCAUAGGCUGGUUCAGAACCCUGGGAUUACUUUUGCAAUCAUAGCAAUUCUCUCGAUGGCGUUUGCCACUAACACAGCUUCUUUGAUCUCGAGAAGCCUUAGAUACCUCGCAUGGAGACACCCCCGUUUUCUUCCGGACUUGGAUCAGAAAGGGCUUGUAGUCAAUGGAUUCAACAGUAUUUCCAUGUUGGAGUCUCUUCUUAGCCGCUCAAACGCUCUCUGGCUUAUACCAGAAAAUGCAGAGCAGUUGCCCUCGAACGAACUGUACCAGAAUCUCUCAGGGAUUAGCUUCAGACUCGGCUGGUUUUACCGAAAGGAUACUCGGAGGGAAGAAUUUACUGUUGGAACCCAAGGCGAUGAGAAUUUCGCGUUUUUAGGCUCUAAAUAA